CUGUUUGGUGUCUAUUAAUCACAUCGUGUUUGUAUCAGUCUUGGUAAAAUGCUGUCUCGAAAAGAAGAACUGUUUGUGAAGCCUUUCCAACAGAGAUUGUACCAUCAGCAUAAAUCCAAACUCAAGUCGGCCACGGCUCGAGUGGACAACACUCCGCCCCAAGAAUGGAGUCACAUUGUGAGGAAAAAGAAAAAAUUUCAAAAGGAAAAAGAGAGAUGCACUCAGAUAUUGAUUAACAACAGUAUACUGUGGCAGCACUUGAACAACAUAAUGAGCACUAGCAGAGUGGACAACCGCUGGGAUGGCGAACAGCCCAAAUAUUGUCAUCGAGUCAAAUUGUUUAUAAACCGCAGCGACAAAUUGACGGUACGCGUCGAAGACCAGACAUCCGCCGACGCAUUUCCUUUAGAAGGAAAGAAAAAGAAAUGUAGUGCUUGCAAUCCUUAUUUCCUUCCGUGCAAGACCGAAGUGCCAGAAGAGCGGAUCCCGUGGGAACCGGCCAAAAAGAAAUUAUCGAAAAAACUCCAAAGCCUUUCCAUUCAAAACGAACCUGCGACCGCAAACAAGCAAAACGUUUUGUCGGAUUUGCCAAAACCGAAAACGAAGCGUGCGGUCGACACAAAGCUACAACAGGACAGGCGAAUCAAUUAUGUUAAAAACAACUUAACCGUGGAAACCGACAACUAUGUGAACUACAUUGAGAUCGAAGAAGGCACUUUGGACGUAGUGAUCAAGUACCCGUCCAGCAGCAAAGUCACCGUCAACGAUGGGAUCAAAAAACGAAUUUUGCCGCCAAACGACACCAACAACAGUUGUCAAUGCAAACGUUGUUGACGCAGCGCUGUUAUUCAUAAUAAUUAUUAAUUAUUUAAAAUAUAGACAAAUUAGGUAUUACAAUAGAGUAGAGCACGGAUUAAACUGCACUACAAAAAACACUUAUAAAAUGAUAAAUUUAGACAACUUUAAGAUUGGACAACUUUUUGCAAAAAAUGCCCUAAAACCUUUGUACAGGGUGUCCCACAAAGAUUUGACAAAUUAAAUAACUUUUGUUCUAGUGAAUGUUUUUAAGAUUUUUUUUUUAAAUUUAAUUUAUACUCAUUUGCGCUAUAAACACCGCGGUUUAAGGGUGGGAUUGCACGCGGUAUAUU